AUGGGCUUCUCCGCUCUAUACCUUUUCGGCGAGGCCACAAAGCGCCUAGCCACCCGUCAGACAGACGAUGCCGACGGCGACAACCCCGAAGCUGGCCAGAAAGAGAUAUAUUCGUCAUGGGCGCUCCUGAUCUUGAUCGCUCUCCUGAUUCUGGCAUUCUUCACAAGCUAUGUCUUGCGCAGCAAGAAGAUUCAGGCUGUGCACGAGACGGUCAUAUCGAUCUUUGCGGGAAUGGUCAUCGGGUUGAUACUCCGGUUGACCAGCGUGAACAGCGUGCUGGAUGUCGUGACUUUUGACUACCAGUUCUUUUUCAACUUACUGCUGCCUCCGAUCAUCUUGGCCAGCGGAUAUGAGCUGCAUCAGGUACGGAACACAAGAGUUGGGAUGUGGAUACGGAGGCUGACAGCGCAAAUAGGGCAACUUCUUCCGCAACAUCGGCAGUAUCCUCACGUUUGCAUUUGCUGGAACAUUCAUCUCCGCAUUGGUUCUUGGUUCGAUCCUCUGGCUAUGGACUCGCAUCCCGCUAGAAGGCCUGGACCUCUCUUUUGUCGACGCCUUGUCAGUUGGGGCAACCUUGUCUGCUACCGACCCCGUGACCAUCCUCGCAAUCUUCAAUACGUACAAAGUCGACCCGAAGCUUUACACAGUCAUAUUCGGAGAGAGUAUCCUCAACGACGCGAUUGCCAUUGUGUUGUUCGAGACUGCGCAGAAAUAUCGAGAAGGCGCCACGGCUGGCAAGCUCACAAUUUUGAGCUUGUUUGAGAGUAUUGGAGUUUUCUUGCUGGUCUUCUUUGGCAGCUUGCUUAUUGGCCUUUUAAUCGGUUUGUGCACAAGCCUGCUACUCAAAUUUACACACGUGCGAAGAGACCCCAAGACUGAGAGCUGUCUGAUCAUCUUGAUUGCGUACGCAUCCUACUUCUUUGCCAACGCAAUUCACAUGAGCGGUAUGUUGUGAAAUUUCUAUAUGGAGGCGCACAAUUGCUGAUCCCAUCUCCAGGCAUUGUGGCGUUGCUGUUCUGCGGCAUCUGCCUGAAGCACUACGCCUACCACAACAUGUCGCGCCGCACACAACUCACCACAAAGUUUACAUUCGCGCUGAUGGCUCAGUUGACGGAGAACUUCAUCUUCAUCUAUCUAGGACUAUCACUGUUCACAGAACGCGAGCUGGAGUACAAGCCGCUGUUUAUUCUGAUGACCUUGAUCGGAAUCUGUGUGGCGAGGUGGUGUGCUGUGUUCCCUCUCAGCGGACUGAUCAACUGGGUGAUUCGCUAUCGCGCGAGGAGAAGAGGGCAAGAGACGGUGGCCGAAGAGCUGCCGCCGAACUGGAAGAUCAUGCUGUUCUGGGCCGGAUUACGAGGAGCCGUUGGCGUCGCGCUGGCUGCUGGUCUGACCGGAAAGGAUUCCAGAGCUCUCCGUGCAACUGUGCUGGUGACCGUCGUGUUGACGGUGAUCAUAUUCGGAGGUACGACGGCGCGCAUGCUUGAGAUUUUGAAUAUCCGGACUGGCGUCGUUGAGGAGAUUGACAGCGAUGACGAAUUCGACAUUGAGCCAGUACCACAUGGUGCAGGCGCCUACGCGAGGAAGAAUGGUACCGCGUACGGUCACAUACCCAAGCAUAGUACGACUGGGUUUGGCAACGGUAGCAUCGGGCUGGAUCACGUCCGCUCUCGCAGCCGGAACGGACCUUCAGGCGGCUACAGCACGGGCAAUGGUGUCGGCACGCCGCCCAUGCAGCCCGACCUCGAAAGAAGGAACAGCUCGAGGGUUCGUAGGACCGAUCCUCACAAUGCCGCUGAGCAAGGGCUGCUCACACAAGAGGACGAGAGUACGUUCAGUGACGAUGACAAUGAUGACUUGGACUUGCCUCCUGCAGCACGGAGAUCGCCUCCGAGACCAGAGGAUGAUGGUGCUCCAUACCCGCUCUCAGGCACCCGUUCAGAGCAACAAGCCAGAGCGAAUAUGUCGGCGCGAGGAGCAUUGUCACAGAUUCUCAACGCCACGAGUGAGGAUGCCGGGAUGCUGUUCAACAAGUUGGACGAGAACUUCCUCAAGCCUCAUUUGUUGUUGGACCCGGGCGGUGCUUCGUCGAGUAAAGGGCAUGGUCCUGGGCAUGGGAACCAAUAG